CAUUGAUAUUUACUAAAGAAUUAAAUCAACAUCUAAGGAUUAGCAACUGUUCCCCAGGAUUACCAUAUUUUUCUAUUUCAAAAUCAAUAAGCAAUCCUAAAUAUCAUAUGACAUUGUUUCUUGCUACACACAGAGCAUGUAAGGCUUGUUGCAUUCAUGAAGUCAUUUUCAAAUAAUUAUUGUAAAACAUCCCAUAACAAAUAAACUUUUUAAGGAUUGAAUUAGAAGGUUAUUCUUAUUCAUCAUUUUUUAGAUAAUGCCCAAUUUAUAGAACAAUAUUAAAUAAAACGAUUUCCAGCAAUCUUUCUGGAAACUAAAUCAGGUGUAAUCUAUCAUUAUAAUGACUUACUUAACUAUGAAACACUUAUAUCCUUUAUACAAUAUUACUUAAAUGGGUUAUAAUUCACUCAAUAUUAAUCAUUUUAAGAAAUCGAAUCUGCCAUUAAUCAUUAACAAUAACUCUACAAUAUUUAUAUUAUUGGAUUGUUCUAUGAUUAAGUUGAAUAUCGAGAUGAAAUUAAAUAAUUUACUUAAUAAUGUAAGAAGCUCUAUAAUUAUAGAAUCAAAUUUGGAUUUAUAAUGUAAAAAUAAGAAAUUAAAAACAUUUAUGCGAAGUUUAACACUUAUUCACAUAUAUUGAUAUCAAAAUAUCCUAAUCAUUAUUAAUUUGUUGAUGAUUUAUUUGCUUAACCAAUUUUACCAUUAAUCAAUGAAUUAAAGAUUGAGAAUUCUAAGCAUUACUUAGGACAUGCCCUCAUUGUAAUUGAUUCGAUUUAAGAUAAUUUAAAUUAUUUGAUUAAGCUAUAGACUAUUGCUUAACAAUUAUCAACUUUAAGAUUUGCUUGGAUAGAUGGAAAUUUAAAUGAAGAUAGAUUAUAAAUGUUAGGAAUUGAAAAAUUUGAUUAAGAAACAAAAUUAACUAUUUUUAAUUUAGAUUCAAAUGCUAAUGCGAUUUAUAAUGGAGAUUUACAUAAUUUAACUACAAUUUUGACAUUUUAUAAGGAUUUCAUAUAAAUGGAUUCUAAACAUUUUCAUUAGAAAUAUUCAACAAUCAAAAAAGAAUAACACAAAAUUCCAUCAUAACCAUAUAUAUAAUACAAUGAAAACACUCUCAUUAUUUUGAUACCUCACUAUGAUGAUUAUCAUAUGAAAAUAAUAAAAUAGAUACAAUAAACAAAUAAGAAGUUCCAUAAUUAAUUUAAUGUGUCUUACUAUGAAGCAAAUCAAUUUAAAUUAAUUUAUUAUUACAAUUCUAUUAUUCAUUAGUUAACAGCAGAGCCACUAGAAGUAGCAUUGAGAGAAAUUGAAUAAAUAAAUAAAGAAAUUCGAUUUCCUAAGGAAAUUCCAUUACUUAUAAAUGAAUAAGAUUUAAUUGAAUUUCUAUUAAUAUAAUAUAAUAACAAUGAUUAAUGAUU